AUGGGAACUUGUUUCUAUCCCACCAACAAACUCCUUUCUGUUUCCAAUUAUUAUUCCUCCAUCUUUCAUUUUCCUGUCGGAACUCCACCUCCUUAUCUCUUUCGUCUUUGUACUCCAUAUUCUCCAGUGUUUCCUAUACAAACACAUUUUUUUUUCGUAUUGAAUAUCAGGUCACUCUAUUUUUAUUCAAACACACCUUCGUCCUCUAUUUCUAUCCGGACUCCUCUUUGUCCCCUUUCCUAUCUUCAUAUAUUUCCAUCCGAACUCAUCUUUCUUCCCCUUUCCUAUUCAAAACACCUUCUACUUCACUUUUUCCUCUUCGAACUGCCUUUUCCUUCCUUCACUUUCCUAUCCAAAUUCCUCUUUCUUCUUUUUUCCUGUUCAAACGCCUUCUCCUUCCUUUUUCUAUUCGAACUCCCCCUUCGCCCCUCUUUUCUUUUCCAAACACCUGUUUCUUCGCAUUUUCCUGUUCGAAUUCUAUUUUCUUAUUUCUUCAAACUACCCCUAUUUCCAUAUCGCACUUCUCUCUCUUCCCAAUUCCUGUUCAAACACAUCCUUUUUUCAAAUUUUCCUAUUCGAACACCCACUUCGGCAUUUUCGCUAUCCGAACUUCUGUUUCUUCAGCUUUCCUAUUCAAACACCCACAUCUUUAUUUUUUUCAUCCGAACUACAUCUUCACCCACUUUCACUAUCCGUACUCCUAUUUCUUUAAUUUUCCUAUUUAUUUCCUGUUCGAACUGGCAAUUCGCCCAUUCUUCCAAUACAAACUCCUCUUUCUUCUCCUUUCCUAAUCAAAUACCCACUUCUUCCCAAUUUCCUAUUCGAACACCACCUUCGCCAUCUUUCCCUAAUCUAACUCCUCUUUCUUCCCCUUUCCUAUUUAAAUACCUCUGUCUACGCAUUAUUUUGUAUUUAAAUUCCUCCUCCGCCCUUUUUUUCGGUCCGAACUACUCUUUCUUCUUUCCAAAUCAAAUAUCCCCUUUCCCUAUCCGAACACCUUUUUUCUUCCCCUUUCCUUUCAAACUCAUCCUUGUUCGCCUUUUCCUAUUUGAACUCAUCCUUUGCUCUCUUUGCUUAUCUGAACAUUUUUCUUCGCCUUUUCUAUUCAAACACAUCCUUCUAGAUUUUUCCUAUUCGAAAUCACCUUUCGCCUUUUUCCCCUAUCCGAACACAUUUUCAUCUCUUUUUCCCUAUCCGAGCUCCCCCUUCGCUCUUUUUCCCUAUCCGAACUCCCCCUUCGCUCUUUUUUCCUAUCUGAAAUCCACUAUCUUACCCUUUCUAAUUGAAACACCCCACAAUUUUUCGAUUGUCAUUAUCCUUUCACCCUUUUUCUCUAUCCGAACUCUUCUUUCUUACCCUUUCCUAUUCAAACACUUCCUUCUCUGCAUUUUCCUAUUCGAACUCCUCCUUCGCGCUUUUUCCCUAACCGAACACACACCUCUUUCUUCGUAUUUUUCUAUUCGCCACCUCCACACACCCCGCCUUCGCCUUCUUUUCUUAUCCUUUUUCUUCCCUUUUCUCAUCUGUAUUCCGCCUUCUCACCAUUGUUUACUUUCUCCUUUUCUUUAUCCUAUUCGUACUCCUCAUACUAUCCCUCUUCCUCUCCUAGCUCUUUCUUUCCCCAUUCCUAUCCAACCUCCUUCUCAUCUCUUUUUUCCGAUACGAACUCCUCCUCCCUCCGUUACCUUCUUUAAACUUUCCCUUCUUCCUCUUUUCCGAUCCGAUCUCCUUUUCUCCACAAUUUCUUUUCGAAGUUCCCCGCCUUCUCCUUUUCUGCUAAUUUCUCUUAUUUUAUGGUUCACUUCUUUUCCUGUUCCCCUCUCAUUCUUCUUUCUCCAUCAUGUUUUCUUCUCUGUACUUAUUUCUUCCCGCCUAUCAAAAGUUUUUUUUCUUUCCUUUCCUUUCCGCUCCUACUCCUUCUACUCUUCCUCCUGA